GUGUGGGCCGUGUUGCUUGAUUACAUUUGACUCUUCGGCACGUGGGACGCUGCCGGUUUGAAAGACGCAGCUUCACUUGUUUUCUGCACCAAGAUGACGAGAAACAAACGAAUUGCAAAAGCUGUCAGCUGGAGCAACGAUCGAUACUGGGCAACUUGGGACAAGUGGAUGGAAGUGAUUGACUGGGAAGAUGAGGAAGAGCUGUGCUCCCCAGCUGAAUCACCCUCUGACCAGGCUGACCGUUCCAUCGUGUCACACACCCGAAAGCCAAUUGCCAAGGCAGUUAGCUGGACGGAUGAUGUGUAUUGGGCAGCCUGGGACAAGUGGGAUGAGAUCAUCUGUUGGGGUGAAGAAGGAGAGUGCUCCCCAGCAACUCCACCCAUCAACCAGCCUGGGAGGGAUAAGGGGUUAGACAUGCAUGGGUUAGAGGUUUUUCUGUUAAAUGAAAGGACAGUCUCCAUAAAGCCUGCAGAUGACCACCAAGACAGGCUGAAAAUAGGAGCCGUAGUGGUCGACCUCUGCCAGUUUGAGCUAGAUGGUGUAAAUGAUAAAUUUGAAAUUGUCGAAAUACAAAUUGGAGAGGUCAAAUUGGAGGAGACUGCAGAGAGGGGUUUUAAUUCAGAAUUUGAAUUGGAAAUUAUGGAUGUGGAGAUAGAGGUUGUAGACAGUGAAUUCCAGCUGAAUGCUCUUAAUUGGGAAAUUGCUGGAACUAAAGUGGACAAAUUAUUAGUGGAACACCUGAACAUAAAUAAUCUAGAAGCAGGCAGUGUGAAGGUGUCCACAUCAAAUGGGAAUGUGGUAUAUGUCAAUGGUAUGUGAGUGUGUUUGGU